UGAACUUUUCAUCAUCAUCACCUUCACAUUCUUCAUACUCUUUUGUUCUUAAUCUUUCUCUCUCCUCUCUCUCUCUUUCUCUCUCCUCAAUAAACACUUCACUACUUACUUGUUGGGCCUUGUUAAUUCAUUCUUCUCCCUUUGAAGAAACAUUCGAAUUUGUUUUUCUAGAGAAUUUCAUGUUCUUUCUUCAUUAUCCUCUCUCUUUCUCUCUCUUGAAUUGAGAAAAAGAUCGAAUUUUUCAGCCAAAUUCCAAAUGGGUAUGAAGAAUUUCCUCAUAUUUCUCCUCUACCUUGCAAACCCAUCAAUCUUUCUUUACCAAACCAUGAAAUUUGUGGCCGCCGACCAAACCCUAAUCCAGAAAACAUGCAGAAACACCCUUUACUAUGACCUCUGCAUGUCAUCCUUAAAAUCCGACCCCACCAGCCUCACCGCCGACACCAAGGGUCUCGCUGCCAUCAUGGUCUCCAUCGGUGUCUCCAACGCCACAGCCACCGCCACCUACCUCUCCACCCAGCUCCCAACCUCCGCCGGCGCCGCUGCCAACAACAACAGAACGAAGCUCUUAAGACAAUGCUCCGAAAAGUAUGGAUUUGCAGCGGAAGCCCUUCGAGCCUCUCUGAAGGACUUGGCUGAGGAGACUUAUGACUAUGCUUAUAUGCAUGUGUCUGCGGCGGCGGAUUAUGCCAAUGUUUGUCAUGAUGGGUUUAAAGGGUUCCCGACGGUGGCUUAUCCGGCGAAGCUUGGCCGGAGGGAAGAAGGGUUGAAGCGUAUUUGCAGAGUGGUUUUGGGGAUUCUGGAUGUUCUUGGUUGGUGAAAUGGUGAUCAUAAUUGAAUUGGGUUUUUGUUUUCGGCUUUUGCUUUUGUUGUUCUUCUUUUUAGAUGGUUUGUUGAUGUGUUUUUUGAAGAGAUUUAAUGACUCUUUUAUCUUUUCAGUUAUUUUACUUCUUCUAGAUUGAGAACUUGUGGAACUUGAAGCUUCGAAUAAUUAACUUUUUAUGUUUUUAUGUUCUUUAUUUAAUAGAAUGCUUUGUAUGUGUGUUUAUUAUUAUUA